AUGACGUCAUUUGCAUCGUUUACUGGCAUACGUUUGCGUGUUGAUCCUCAAACCGAAGCUGACGCACCUCCUUGGCAAGUGCAGGAGCUGGGUGCAUUUACCGACAUCAAUUGCACCCAACCUGCCGGUGCCAGCUCGACAGAAUCCUCGGUGGGUGAUCCAAUGCAGGCCUUUGAUGGAGAUUUUGGCAGCAGCUGGACAGCCUCUUGCAUUGCUGGUGUGGACUCUUGGAGACGUUGCCAGGAUUCACAGCAGCUCGGUGCUUGGCUUGGCAUCAGCUUUCUGGUUCCAGUCACUGUGAAGUGUUUGCGCUUGCACCACUCCGGGGCCAGGGGGUUGCUCUUGGAGAUCCGCAGUGAUAUGGACAACGUGCUGGACUGGCAGCCCUGGCGGCAAUAUGCCUUUGCGCCUGCAGGGCAGCUUCGGCUCAGGAUAUCAUCGCAGCCUGUUUGCAGCCGUGAGAUGGGCAUCCCAGAGGAAGGUGUGCUGGACCUGCCGAGUUGCACGCCGCAAGCGCAGUGGCGCCUGUGGGGCCCAGAGGUGGACUCCUGGACAGUGUAUGAGCUUCACUUCUACACUGACGAUCUUUGCAGCGUCUCACCUGCAACGCUGGGGCUUCCGAUAGCAGAGCCUGGACGAUUGGAGACGUGGCAACGCACCCGUGAUGGAGACCUGGCGACGGCUUGGUCUGUGGCCACGCUUGCACAGGCUUCUUGGGUGGGCACAGCAUACAACCAAAGUGUUGCCGUGCGUUGUGUGCGUGUUGCCCAAUUCUAUGAUGCUGGCGCCACUUCACAAAUUCUGGAGGCGUGGAAUGGCACUGAUUGGCUGGUGGAACAGGUUCUGUCUGGCCAGGCUCCACGCAUUGGCAGCUUCCAGUUUCUGCCUCAACGUCAGCUACCAGGCGAUUCGCAGUGGCGAUUGAUCAACACCGCCAUGAUCAGCGCUGCCUGGGCCGUGCAUGAACUGUACUUUGCCAGUGACGUUUUGUGCACCCAGCCGCUCGUUCCAAUAGAGCUCUUAUCCAGCGACUCUCCUUGGCGUGCUGGCGAGUUGGCGAAGGCGUUCGAUGGCAAUGUGCAAACUGCGUGGGUAUCCAGCUGCAUACCAUGCUUGAGCCGAAGUGCCUUCUUGGGUCAACGCUUUGAGGCAGGAGUGCUCGUGCGCUGUGUAAACCUACGCCAUGCACAGGAUUUGGAUUAUCGCCCGGCAUCGCUCGAUCUGGAACGCUGGAAUGAGGGCGUUUGGCAAUUUGUGGUGUCCUUCAACGACUUGCUGGGCGGUACUGUUCAGCUAUCACCGUUUUGGGGUGCGCCGCUCACACGUUAUGUGGUGUCCAAUGCAGCGGCCACUUUUGGAGGCUGGCGCCUCACGGAGUUGCGACUCUACCGUGAUGAGGCCUGUACGAGCCGCGUGCGUGGUGCAGCUUUUGCCGUGGAUGGUAAUUCAGAUGAAGCGGAGCUGGCGGUGGAUGGAAAUUUGGACACCUACUGGUUUGCAAAUUGCUGCAAUAUGCAUGGCGGGCCGCAGAUCGUGGGCUGUUCUGGUUGUCAACAGGAUGAAGCUUGGGUUGGGGUGCUUCUGCCCGUGAAUGAUACAGUCCUGUGCAUGCAGCUGCUCCAGCGAGGUGAUCAGCAGGCAAGGGGCCAAGCUUUAUACGCCACAAGGGAGAUUGAACUGCUGGAGUGGAAUGGCUUUGGUUUCCAACGUGUCUACGGCUGGAAGAACGUGCCUAUUGAUGACUGGGUUGAGAUGGGCGUUGGCAGGGAUAUUGCAGCAUUGGGUGCUGCUCGCGGCUGCUCUGACUUUCCUGAGUGGAACCGCUGCAACGCAUCCGCUUGGAACUGUUCGCGGUAUCAACUGGAGGAGCGGUGCAACGAGACCGAUGACAGCGAUUGUGAGGGAAUCACCAUGGAGCUGGCCUGCAAGGCCUCAUGUUGCCUUUGUGGUGCUGACAAUCCAGCGUCUUGUGGUGCCCAAGGAGGCUCUGACGAACUUCCCCCUUGGGUGAUACCGGUGGCUGCUGGUGGAGGCAGCCUUCUACUUUGCUUCUUCAUUGGCUGUGGCUGCUACCUACGGCGCCGCAAGUCUCAAUAA